GAUUAUUCUCAUAAGAAUCCUUGACGGCCAAUUAGAUCUCUCCCUCUUUCGUCGCUCUUUGUUUUCUCCACUGGUCUUUGUUUCUCCUUUGAUUCUCUGUCUGGAGCAGUCUCAGAUCCACCAGGUAUCUAUCCAAUUUUCUUCUAGUACAUCUGAUUUCCCUUGUUAUUGUUUGCUUGAUAUGGAUUCAUGAAUCAGAAUUGCAAAUCUGUUUUUGUUAGAUUAAAGUUUCCGAAUUUAAGAAAUUCCCACCCAAUAAUCCCUAUUAUCGUCACCUUUAGACUUUGCUUUUGCCUCCAACUUUCGUUUGUUUAGAUCUUCGUCUUCUUCUUCCCGUGAGUGCUUUACAUAGACUUUAGGUUUUGUUUCUAACUGAUACGAAUUGUUAUGCAAACUGCGUGCAGAUUAAGCUCAAGAUGGAUACUAGUAGAGAUGAUGAUUUCACAUUCUCAAAGGUUUCACCACCAGAUAGUGAAGUUAAAGAUCUUGCAUCAGAUGUAGGUAGUAUUACCCUUAAAGAUGGGUUAGAUCAACAAAAAAGCAAUGGUCUUAUUUGGAAAGACAAGUCUCUUCCUCCAAAGGAAGAAACAAUAGGUUCUUUGUCUUUCACGGUGACUGAUUCUUCGUCUUCGAAAAAGCAAUCCAAUGAAUCCUCUGAGACUUUCAAAACUCCAGCUAGAAAGCCUAUCACUCGUACCAAGGUUCCAUUUGAAAAGGGUUAUAGCCAAAUGGAUUGGUUGAAACUUACACGAACACAUCCCGAUCUUGCAGGCCUGAAGGGAGAGUCAAACAAGAGGCUUAUUCCAAUGGAUGAAGUAAAGAAACACCGAACAGGAGAUUCGAUGUGGACUGUUUUGAAAGGUCGUGUAUACAACAUAUCGCCUUAUAUGAAUUUUCAUCCUGGAGGUGUCGAUAUGCUGAUGAAAGCGGUUGGAAGAGACGGUACGCUCUUAUUCAACAAAUACCAUGCCUGGGUCAAUGUUGAUAUCUUACUUGAGAAAUGCCUUGUUGGAGUUUUGGAUGAUACCAAAGUGAAGAAGCAAGAACCCUAAUUGCUAUUGCUAAAAGAGUUCACUCUUGUAGAGAAUUCAUACAUAAGUCAAUAAGAAUUUUUUAAUGUUUACAUUCUGAUUCUUCAAAUGUAAACUCUGAUUACAAUAUGUACUGUAUUAGAAAUUUAUAAUUUUUGGUGUC